AUGAUAAUACAGAUGUCCGCGUUUCCACAGCGACCGUCAAAUGUCGUUUUUAUAAUGGUUGAUGAUAUGGGUUGGAACGACGUGUCAUUUCACGGCUCGGAUCAAAUUCUGACUCCAAACAUCGACACGCUGGCAUAUCAAAGCGUGAUACUUCAGCAGUAUUACAGCGAAGCCAUAUGUACACCAGCACGCACUGCUCUGCUAACUGGAAAGUACCCUAUGCGUCUAGGUAUGCAUGGACAACCACUAUUUAAUUCUGAGGACCGAGGUAUACCGCUGACGGAGCGUUUACUCCCAUCAUACUUGAAAGAAUUGGGUUACAGCACGCAUUUGGUGGGUAAAUGGCACGUGGGAAUGUCUAGAGAAGAAUACCUACCGACCUCUCGCGGCUAUGAUUCUCACUACGGUAUGAGAGGGGGAUACGUCGACUAUUACACAUAUAAUAAAGUUGAAACGUGGCCAAAUGGUCGUCAAAUGUUCGGUUUGGACUUGUACGACGACGGAGUGCCGCAAGAUUCGGAGCAGCGAUACAUUGUUGAUGCAUUAACCGACAAAGCAGUUAAAAUUAUCCACUAUCAUAACUCAUCUCGGCCGCUGUUCCUGCAUGUGACACACAACGCGCCUCACGCCGGGAAUGACGGUGGAGCGCUGCAACCUCCGCUGUACUCCCAUGUAAAGCAUAAUCAUAUUGCCAACCCGAAUCGACGACUUUAUGCAGAAAUUGUGACCCACAUAGAUCGAAGUGUUGGCAAAAUUGUCCGAGCUCUUGCAGACAAACAAAUUCUAGACGACACCAUCAUAAUAUUUGCUUCAGACAACGGAGCCCCAACUGUAGGAGAAUUUAGAAACUGGGGCGUUAAUUUACCAUUCAGAGGGAAAAAGUACACUCCAUGGGAGGGUGGAGUUAGAGUGCCCGCGUUUAUAUUUCAUUCUGCACUCAGACCUAGAGUUUGGCAAGGUCUAAUGCACAUUACCGAUUGGUUACCAACAUUGACAGCCGCAGCGGGGGGCAACGUGCCUUCAAACUUAGAUGGAGUAAAUCAGUGGGAUGCCAUUAUCCGAGAUAAGAUGUCGAAACGAUCUGAAGUCUUAAUUGCCGUUGAAGACAGUGCUACAAAUGCAUGGGCUGCAUACAGAGCGGGUGAUUAUAAAAUCGUUGUUGGAAACGUUACUGGUGUCAGUAAUGGUUAUUAUGGAGCUGAAUUUUUGGUAAACAAAAAGACCCCACCGGAAUAUUAUUCUUCUUUAAGAUGUUGUGAAGUUGCCACAUCAUUCGAAGAAAUGGGUAUAUUUUUAGAUUUAAAAGAAGUAAGGACAAGGAGGAAAGAAGCUACAAUACAACAAGAAGAUACUGAAAGAGAUCCCACACCAUGUCUGCCUUCUCCAACUCGCGGAUGUCUUUUCAACGUUCGUCGAGAUCCGUCAGAAGGGCACGAUCUAUGGGCACGAGCAAGCAAAAUUGCUACCUUAUUGACAAGUAGGCUCAGAGGAUUAUGGGCGUUUCAACAACGGCGAGGUGCCCUUAACCUUAACAUUCAAUCUGAUCCAGCCAAUUUCAACUACGUUUGGUCACCUUGGCUCACACAACAAAGAGCAAACAAUACUAUAGUCAACUUGAAAGUGAAGCCGUUAGAUAAAAAGAAGACUGAUAAGUUUAAUCUAGCGAUAAACUUCAAUCAACGAAGAUCUGGAAACAGAAACACAACAGUCGCGGCGGUCAUCAAUUGUGAUGGAAUGGGGCUAUCUCAUAUUGUGUAUUGGUUGUUGACCAUUAGUAUAACAGUUGUAUCAUGUACAGUGCCUAAACCAAAUAUAGUGUUUAUAAUGGCUGAUGAUUUGGGAUGGAAUGAUGUCAGUUUUCACGGUUCCGACCAAAUUCCGACACCAAACAUAGACCUAUUGGCAUUAUCGGGUGUCGCUUUUGGGCGGUAUUAUAGUCAUGCCAUGUGCACGCCUUCCCGUGCAGCUUUUCUUACCGGAAAAUACGCACACAAAACUGGCAUGCAGGGAUACCCCUUAGUAAUGGCUGAAGAUAGAGGAAUUCCUGUUACUGAGAAACUAUUACCUCAAUAUUUGAAGGAAGCUGGAUAUGCGACUCAUUUGGUCGGAAAGUGGCACGUUGGUUUAUCACGCAAUGAAUUUUUACCAACUUCGAGGGGGUUUGACAGUCAUUUUGGCCACCGAGGAGGCUUCAUGGACUACUACGAGUAUACCCUCGAAGAAAAUGUUGGUCCCUUGGGAACAGUUUCUGGUUACACAUUAUUUAAAAAUUUAACUCCCGCCUGGGAUGUGGAAGGUUACAUCACAGAUGUUUACACAAGCCAUGCCGUAUCUGUAAUUCAGCAGCAUGAUGUGACAGCACCUCUAUUUUUGAUGGUUUCACAUAACGCAGUACAUUCGAGCAAUGACGCUUCACUAUUGCAAGCACCACCCGAAGAUGUUAGGAAAAUGAGACAUAUUGAGAUGGCUUCUAGAAGAUUAUUUGCUGCUAUGCUCAAGAAGCUUGACGACGGUGUUGGCGAAAUAGUUAAGGCUCUUUAUAACAAACAAAUGUUAGAAAACACAAUAAUUGCGUUUGUUUCUGACAAUGGAGGUAUGACUGGCGGCCAACAUAUAAAUUAUGCAUCUAAUUAUCCAAUGCGAGGGACCAAAAUGAGUCCUUUUGAAGGAGGAGUAAGAGUCGUUGGACUCGUGUGGAGUACCAGUUUAAAUAAUUCAGAUCAUUAUUGGGACGGUUACAUGCAUGUCGCAGAUUGGGUGCCGACGUUGCUAAGCGCUGCUGGAAUGGAGAUCCCUUCAGGCCUAGAUGGAAUCAAUCUCUGGGAAGUUAUUAAUUCAAAUGAAAAAUCCAAAAGGACAACAAUGUACGAAAUCGAUGAUUAUACAGGAUAUGCUUCGAUAACAACUGGAGAAUACAAAUUAGUGAUGGGCAAUAUUAUUGAAAGUUUCACUAAAUAUUAUGGUUCAAAUUUGCAAGGUGUUAUUGGUAAGGUGCCUUUGUACAGUGAUACUGUAUUGGAUUGUAGUGUAUACAAUAUUCUGCAUGCAAUUGGACGGCCGUUUAGUAUGAACAAUUUGACGUUACGAAGUAAAUCAAUAAUAAAAUGCAAUUCAACUUCAGCCUCUGUAUGUUUGCCUACUAACGACACGGCGUGUUUAUACAAUAUUGUGAAAGAUCCGUGUGAGACAACAAACUUGUCAGAGAUUUACCCCGAAUUAGUUCAAACAAUGAAAUUUCUAUUACAAAAGGAGCAAGCCACAAGAAUACCUAGAAAGGUACCAAUGUAUAGAGACCCAUUAGCGGCUCCAAGUAGAGCGAAUUAUACGUGGGCUCCUUGGUUACCGGAUUCAAAUGUUCGGACUGUAUUGAAAGAAGAAUGUUAA